GGCCGGGGGCGGUACGAGGGGCGGCCCGGGGACACCCCCCCGCCCCGCUCCAUGCGCAGGGCUCGGGGUGCCGGCCGGGGGGGCGGCUGCGGGAGCGGCGUGGAGCUUCUCGUCGUGGGGAAAGGACUGUCCGGAUGUUCCAGGAAUCAGUGUCUCUCUGGAAAAAGUGGGGAGUCUCUUCCAGCGGUUUUUGAGAGAAAUGUGCAGGAAGCCAUUGACAAUUACAAGUGUGAAACUCUUUCAUCACUUUCAUCUAGUGGUCGCACAACACCCACGGAGUUUAAUAAUUCUUGGUCUGGGAUAAAAAGCUAUACUACUGGUUUGUCUACUGAAAGAAGUUCUGCUUACUCCUGGAGGGAUGAUGAAUUCGAUAAAGCCAACACACAGAGAGUGCAUCAGUUAUUUUGGGAGAUUGAUGAAAUGCUGUUUGAAGGAAAAGUGACCUCUCAAACUCAGAGCCUGCAGGCAGAAUGUGCAGACUGGGUUGAACAAUUUCCUCAUCUAAGGGUUCUAGGAAAGCAGCUCCUAUUGCCGAAGGAUGAAGGCUUUCAGCAUUUUCAGAGCAGAAGUGAUACCUGUGUGGAUACUAAGUGUUUACCUGGCCUCCGUGAAUGUACCACCAAUAUAAAAGAGCUCUGCAUCUCAGGCUCUAAACUGAUCCCAAGGGCACCUCCAAUACAUAAAUCACUAGAUUCCAGUUCCACUAGGAUUUCUGCCUCUGACUCAUGCCUGUAUUCAUUCCUGGAAGAAGAAAUCUAUGAUGUGGAUGGAAAAAUAGAAGAAUAUCUUGCCUUUGACAACAAGGAGCUUGAUGAUGAGAGUUGGGAACAAAAGAAAAUGCGUCUGGCUGAGAAGAGGAGUAAGUGUGGCAUUCCCCCUGUUUCUCCCAAUGCCUGUAUCAAAGAUGCUGUGGUUUCUGAAGUAUUCGAUUGUAUCUGGAGCAAUGUAAUUGGAAUAUUGGAGGAACUGAUUAAAAAAAAUUGGGAAACUAAUAUCGCAGAGGGUGAUAAACAGGUGGAAAAACUGAAAGCUGUUACAACAAAACUGCCUCAUUUGCCAGUUGCUCGUGGUACAGCAGAUGCUGGAAGUGUUCCUCUUUCCAGAAGUUCUGAAACAAGAAGUGUGUCUUUUGUUUCCUCACAGGCUCAGCGUUUCUCCAGCAGCUUGUGUAGUGAUUUGAACGGUGUGAUGACAAUUCAAGCUAAACCACUCCAACAGAGGCAUGUUGCCACGGUAGAAAAAACACAGAAUGAGCAAGAAGACAAACAGCAGAGCAUUGGCCCCAGUGCUCCAAAUCCAGUGCACGCUAGGUUGGGGAGAACCGCUGGUAACAGCGUUCUCUCGUCGUCUCGGGUACUGCUGGCAUCUUCUAGGAAGCUACCAAGCCAUCGUAGGUUACCUUCUCUCACUUCUGACCAACUCUCCUCAAAAGCUCCUAAUAUGUACAAUGAUGAAAUCCUUAGGGGGACUAAAUUGGGUGCCAGCUCGGACCGUUUAUCCUCUGCUCGUGCACCUACAGCCCGGAACAAGUUACCACCAAUAAACUCAGAGGUUGUUGAACAGUGUCUUUCAGUACCUCGAUUGCAACAGAGCUAUUUCUCUCAGCAUCGAGGACGGUUUGCCCACAGCAGAGUGUCAAGUGCAGUGCCUGGCAGUACAGAGCAACGGCCGCUCAGAGAAAGAACUGUUAUUAUUGACCAGUUUUCAAGGCCCAACACAACCCAUACAUUCAGGGUAUGUUACAAUACAGACACGCCUCAGAAGAGAUCACUGACUCCCAUGGAUUUUGCUAACCACAGGGGGACAGGCCAAGGAUUUUUAAUAGGCUCACAGCAUUACUACAGAUCCUUUCCGAGAAAUCCUCCAGCCUCAAGGAAGAGAUUUCAGAUUGUUUCUUAACCCAGCUUAGGAAGAAGCAGAAACCUCCUGCACCGAAUGGAAGAGUGAAGUGCUAGAUUUGCCAGCUUGUGUUUUGUGUAAAAAAAGGACAUGUGCAGUGUGCUGGUUUCUGCUGAGUCUUGCAGUCCUCAGGAUGCCUGCAUUGCCUUCCUUUAAAGUUGUCUGAUCAGGGGUUAGAUUAAAAAUUAGAGCAAAACGAAAUACGCGGUCCAGGUGCCUGCUCUGUUUGCAGAGUCAAGAUGCUGCUGCUGCUGCACUUUCUUCUCAGGCAUUCCUCCUUUUCCUGUCUUUCCUUAAGGAAUUGUUCUCCUACCUUUAGAAGCAAAUAGGUUGUGUUUAGGCCAUGAAGUCCUGUUCCCACUUUUUCAUGUUUCCUCAGUGUUAAAGAUGUUCUAGUCUAUCCAAACAUCAGUCAUGUAUAAAAAUCCCUACUUUUAAAUAGGAGUUUGUGGUAUCUCCACUUUAACUGCUGUUUUACCAUUUCUCCUUUUUGCAGUCUGUCUGCUUUUUCUUGUAAAUAUUGUCUGUCCCUGCCUUUUCUCCUUCUUCCUUUAAUUCCUUUGAGAUGGAAUUCAUUCAUUGCUUCUUCUUAUGCUGUCCUAAUCGUCGGUAACCAUGGGAACUGCUGGGGUAAACUUUGUUUACAGGAAGCAACGUUUUCCCUGCCAAGCCAAACGUGUUUAUAGAUGCUGAGUGAUUGCUGAUGGGUCAGUAAGGCUGUUCCCACUUCUUGAGACGUCUUAUAAAAUAUUGCCUGUUAGCGUACAAAUUAAUCCCAUGUUGAAAUAUCCCAACCUUCAAAGGUUUAACACGAAAAUAUUUCAUAUCUCUUUGUGUAGACCCAGAUGGGAAGAUUCAAGAGGAGACUGGGAUUCUCUGAUGGCAUUCUGCCCAGAGGUCACAAGCCUGUCCAGGUCCCUGGCUGUUAGUACUGGGUGCAUUCAUGGUCAGGAAUUCCUCCUCCCAUCAGAGAACCAGCAGUUUAAAUAGAUGUGGUUGACGGGGAAAGGGAGGAGGGAGAAAAACUUAAUUACUUGCCCAAAUUGUGCAGUUAAGGAUAGAAUCAGUUUAGAAUCAGUUUCUUCUACUUGGGAACCAAUACCAGUUUUCCUCACUUCUUUUUAUGAAUGUUUGAGGAUGGGUAAUCCAAGGCAAAGCAUUUGUAAUGUAUAUUUUAUAUCUGUGCUGUUAAUCAGAUUUCUGGUAUUUGUAAAUGGUCAUCAAGCACUGCAUUCCUUUGAGUAAAUGAAAGCAUUUUUAAAUUA